AUGGGUGAUGGUGUAUCGAAUCAAUCAGUUCAAACUAAUACAACACAAGGUACUUUGCCCAUUAUUGUUUCAUCUACUUUCGAAACUUCAAUCAUUUCCACCACUACUACUUCUUUACCACCUUUUGUUUCGAAUGUCACUACAUCCACCAAUUCUCCCACUUUCGAAACUAUUUUACAACCCAUCACUUCCUUAUUUACUUCCCAAUCCACUGAACCAUCUAAAAUGGCAACUGAUGAUGAAACUGAUGAUGGAGGUUUUGGAGCUUCUUUUGCUGAGUUAGAAUUUGAUCCUGAAGAAGAAGACAUCUUGGAUCAUAUGCUAGGCAAGCAGUUCAAAAUUCUCAGCAAGAAGCUCAAUUCAUUACUUCAGUUUCAAGCGGAUUUAGGAAGUAAACAUUAUGUUUCCGGAAUUUAA